AUGGAUCAUGGCAAAUUAUCGAGAGCAAUGGCGAUUGCCCUUUUUGAAAGAGCCUACGAUAGACGAUUUGUCAUAGAGUUAGAAGAUUCGAUGAUCUCGUUCAUGGAUUCGGGCCUAACAUCAUAUCAACUCGAGUCAAUGAACUCCUAUUUUAGGCUACUGGCCCAUCAGGUUGCCGAAUAUCACGGUCUUAGACAUGAACUAGCUAAAAACAAUGAUUCGUGCGUGGUGGUUUUUAAGGGAGAGUCGUUUGUGCGGGACGUGAACAAAGUGCCGUUGCAGAAACUUGAUCCUUCGGAGGCAAAAUGUGAUAAUUGGUCGCAGGCCUCGAGCGAUUCCGAAGGGGGUGAAAUUGGACAAUGGAAGGGCCCCAAUAAAUGGAAGCCAAAAGUUCCUCACCACCAUCGAGUCAAAGAUCAAGUUCUAGCCUCGCAGAACGGCCUCCCAACAACUCCUAAGAAAUCUACUGUGGUAGAUGAUGACUCCCCCCAACCACAUCAGUUCGAAACGUCGAGAUAUAGGUUCAGACGCCAACAGCAAGCUUCUCCGGCACAGGGGCCCCGGAGGAGAAAAUCUUACAAAAACACAAACACUUAUAUGGGGCCCCAAAUGUUUUACCAAGCACCUCCCAUUAUUCCUCCAAAUUUUGCGAUGCCUUAUAUGCUAUACAAUUCCUAUCCAAUGAUUUACAUGCCACCGGAAAAUCAAUAUUCACAAUACCCUCAGGGGCCUCUCUCGAUGCCAGCAGGCCAAUUUAACUAUGGUCCAUUACCAGAAGGACCAUUGGCUGACUCUUCGAAAGGUGGCAGCACCUUAUUUACCGGGAAUAAGCUCGACAUCGAGAUAAACGCACCCAGUGAAUCCACUAGUGUUGGUGGGGAGGAAGCUUUCAAUGAGAGACCUAGAAGCUCUUACUCGCCUUUCAAUUAA